AUGAAGCCGAAGCUUCCUGUCAAGCUUGACCUGUCGUACCGUGCUAGCAACGGUGACGCGAGCACGUUCGACUGGUCGGAGGUGCCAGAAGGUGUCCUGCCUUAUGAGGAGAUCGACUUCUCCUACAAUGGGAUCACCUCGGCCGAGCUCGACCGAGUCUUGGAAGUUUGCAGCCGCUGCCCCAAGCUUCGUGUUUUGAAACUCUUCAAGAACAGCAUCGACGACAGUGGCGCGGAGGGCCUGGCCGAACUUUGUCGGCAGAGCCCCAAGAUCGAGGAGAUCCAUUUGUCGCACAACAUGUUCACUGCGGAGGGCGCCAGUGUGAUCAUUAUUGCAGCGGAGGCCUGUCGGCAGCCUGACACGGUGCCUUUGUGGCUUCGCUUGGAACAAAACCACAUCGAUGAUGCGGAAAAUGUGUUUCGUCGCCUGCAGGAUCGCUACAGCGUGUGCCGGCGGAUCGACCCCAAGGCCUGCACCAGCAGGACCUGUGUGAAGAAAUGCCUGGUCCAUUUGCCACACUUCUGCCUGCAGCGUUUGUCACAUGUGGAUUCUCAUCCCGACCUCCCACAACUGGCGAAGAGCGGAGCGACCAACGGGAACAACGGCAACCACGCGUUGCCAAGACAAAUGAUGCGACAGUUCCGUGAGGAUCUGGAUCGGCAGAAGGGCAAGUCCAAGGGCAAGUCCGAGCCACUGGAGCGCGUCGCUUUGGCGGAGCGUGCGAAGAUCGACUUCGAGAAGCCGCGGCCCAUGCAGCGAGCCGUCAGCGACGAGGUUGCGCCCGAGGGUGGACGGCCUCCACAGAUUCAAGUGGAGCAGUUGGUCGACCCCGAGGGCGCCCAGGAGUUUUUCUGCUACUUGUGCCACGGAGUCCUUUACCUCCCAAUGCUCACGAGAUGCUCUCACCUCUUUUGCAGCCCAUGCUUUCAAUCAUGGGUCAUGGACCGCGUGAAUGAGCAUCAGACUGGACCCGCCUCUCAGCAAUCCAUGCAGGCAAUGCCUUGCCCGAUUUGCGAGAACGGUCUCAAGAAGGCAGACGUGGUGCCUCUCCACCGCGCGCAGCAUCCGGCCGCGGGCAUUCUCCAGCGACAAUGGCAUUCGAUCAAGUUGAAAUGUAUCCACCACAUUGACUUCACCAAUGCCAUGCGCGGAGCCUCCCCCUUGAGGCCGCCCUUUGCGGAGCCAGCAUGCCGGAUGAGAGAGCGUGGCGUGGAAUGCCAGUGGGUCGGCGACCUGCCGGACUACGCAGCCCAUUGCAAGGUUUGUCCAGUGGCAGCUGCCUUGCGGACACCGACUGAGAACGAGGGUGCGGGAAGUUUCUACGAGGACGAUAUUUGCGUGGCAAAGUAUGACUUCGAUGGGGGUGAGAACCCCAAGCUGCUGCGCAUCAAUGCGAAGGAUAUGGUGAAGAUCUACCGGACCGUUCCCUCCGGCUGGGCUGGUGGCAUCCUUUUGGACAAGUGCAUGGAAGAAGUGGGACUGCCAGGCUGGUUCCCCAUCAAGUACGUUGAGCUCUACAAGGACAAAGAAAACAUUCCAUGA